AAGGACCACCUUGGCCAUACUUCUUCAAAGGAACUACAAUGACUCUGAAACCAAAGGAGAGAUCUUUAAUUCCUUAGUGCAAUAUUUUGGUGAUAGUUUGGGGCGAAAGGUUAAAGCAAUGCCAUUAGUUGAAGAAACUUCUUUACUUGAAGAUUCGUCAGUGACUUUGCCUGUGGUAAUAAUAGGAAAUGGACCCUCAGGGAUAUGCCUUUCUUAUAUGCUAUCAGGCUACAGGCCAUAUUUAUCAUCAGAAGCAGUACAUCCUAAUGCGAUCUUACAUAGUAAAUUAGAAGACGCAAGACAUCUUUCUAUUGUUGAUCAGGACUUAGAAUAUUUGUCUGAAGGCCUUGAGGGCCGGUCAUCCAAUCCCGUUGCAGUGCUUUUUGACACACUUCUUCAUCCAGACGCUGACUUUGGAUAUGAUUAUCCAUCAGUUUUGAAUUGGAAACUGGAACAACAUCAUUAUAUUCCUCACUUAGUUCUUAGUAAAGGUCCUCCUGGUGGGGCUUGGCACAACAUGGAAGGCUCCAUGUUAACAAUCAGCUUUGGAAACUGGAUGGAGUUACCUGGACUGACAUUGAAGGACUGGGUGUCUAGCAAACGAAGGAACUUAAAAGGGGAUCGAGUAAUGCCAGAGGAAAUAGCUCGCUACUAUAAACAUUAUGUGAAAGUUAUGGGUCUUCAGAAGAAUUUCAGAGAGAAUACGUACAUAACCUCUGUGUCAAGACUCUACAGAGAUCAGGCUGAUAAUGAUGGUCAAGACAGAGAUAUCUCCGCAAGGCAUUUGCAGAUAGAGAAGUCAUCCUUUAUUAAGAGAAACUGGGAGAUCAGGGGUUAUCAGCGGAUAGCCGAUGGGUCUCAUGCUCCCUUCUGUCUCUUUGCUGAGAAUGUAGCUUUGGCAACCGGCACAUUGGAUUCUCCUGCCCACUUGGAAGUUGAAGGAGAAGAUUUUCCUUUUGUUUUUCAUUCAAUGCCUGAAUUUGGAGCAGCUGUAAGCAAAGGGAAGUUGCGUGGCAAAGUGGAUCCUGUGUUAAUUGUAGGUUCGGGGCUUACUGCAGCUGAUGCAGUACUGUGUGCUUACAACAACAAUAUUCCUGUGAUCCACGCAUUUCGCAGAAGAGUAGCUGAUCCAAGCUUAAUUUUCAAACAGCUUCCUAAAAAGCUUUAUCCUGAGUACCACAAAGUGUACCAUAUGAUGUGUACGCAGUUGUAUUCUGGAGACUCAAAUUUAUCUGAUUAUACCAGUUUUCCCGAGCACCAUGUGCGUUCCUUUACGCCGGACAUGAAAUGCAUUCUUCAGAGUGCAUCUGGAUUGAAGAGAAUAUUUAAGCUUUCUGCAGCAGUGGUACUGAUAGGUUCUCAUCCUAAUCUAUCUUUUCUGAAGGAGCAAGGAUCUUACCUAGGCCAUAACUCAAGCCAGCCAAUUACAUGUAAGGGUAACCCAGUAGAAAUAGACGCAUAUACCUAUGAAUGUGUUAGAGAGGCCAAUCUUUUUGCAUUGGGCCCUUUGGUUGGGGACAAUUUUGUUAGAUUUUUAAAAGGAGGGGCGCUAGGUGUUACACACUGUUUAGCUACAAGACAGAAGAAAAAGCAUUUUGUUGAAAGAGGAGGAGGAGAUGGGGUAGCUUAAAGCCCGUGAACAGGUAAUUAAUGGACAGUUUUCUUUUAAAUGAUUAAUAUAGUGGUUGUACAGUGUACUGAGAUGGCUUUUCUGGACCUGAAUUGCCGGGACGAGAGUGUCAAGCUCUAGUAGUUAUUUUCUUAAAGCUAAAAGGACUUGCUGUGCUGUUGACACUGUAAUGGAUCAUAGGUUGUCAGACAGUUAAAACACUGCCAAGUGGUUUGCUUUAUGUUCUCACUUAACUAAAAACUUUCUUUUCUUCCAAGACUUAUUUUUUAUGAUUUCUGAUUUUUUUUUAAAUUAUAAUGUUUGAAUCUAAAAUAUUAAAACCACAGAGUCAUUAGGCCAGAAAGUGUUUCAUUUGGUUUAAGGGUCUUUGAAGGACCAACCACGUCAGCUUCAUCUGUAGCUAGUUAGGAAAUGCAGUCUCCGGCCCCACAACAGGAUCAUCCAAUCAAAAUCUGCAUUUGAACGUGUCCCCUUGUGGUUUCUAUGCACCUUAACGUUUGGAACACACAGAGCUAAAAGAAAACCGGUAUGUAAGAUAUGUAUGCUGGGGGUUGGUCAGGGAUGGGUAUAGGGCAUUGAAAACUCAGGUCUUAUUUAUUUUGAAAUUACCAACUGUAUAAAUUAAUAUAUAUAUAUAUAUAUCAAUAUAAUGGUCUUUUUUUAAAAAGAUUUUUAUUGCUGAAACCUUGACAGGAACUUCACAUUCUUUGCGUCCGAUCAUUUAAACAGUCUAAUGUUGGCAUAUGCUGAUAUCAGAGGACCAGCCAAAGCCAGAAUGGUUUUUUGGAGCUUUACUCUUUUCUAGCCACUGUAACAUUUAAUUACUCUGAUUUGCAAUUCAAUAAGCUGCUGAUGGAACUGCUUAUUCCUGUGUGACCAGGGAGUUCAGGUCGAUCUAGCACUGAUGAUGAUCACUAAGAUAUUUGGGCACAGCAAAUACUACUCCUGAUACUGUUUGGCAUUGCCAGAAUUUCUAAAGGUGAGAUGUGAAAAUGAGAUUAAAACCUGUCUCUUCAUUCCCAAUGAUGUCAGCAUUUAGAAAACUCUAUCCAGAGUAUUUUCAUUGGAGAUGAUUAAGCAAGUCACGUAUGGGUAUGUAUUACAUACUUACUUUCAUUACCUUGAUUAUUGAGAUGUGCUUAAUCUCUGUAUUUUCACACACAUUCCUGUAAUUUUUUUAGUGUUAAACUAAAAAACAAAACAAAAAACCAACCUUGUAAUUGAGUUUCUUCAUGGUAAAUUGAAUUUAUUCAUUUUUCUUUUGGUGAAAUUUAUUUCCUACUGGAAUGUCUUCAUUGAACAUUUAAUUUUCCAUUUUUUCUUAGAAUUAAAAAAGGUGGACCCAG